AUUUUGUCGUCUGCUAUUAGUCGCUUGGGUGUGGUGUGAGAUGCGUAGUUGUAGUGUUUAGUAUUCUUCAAAAUCUGCCAAAAACGACUGAAAAAUGGUGUGGGGCUUCGUUACUUGUGGACCCAAUGAAGCUCUUGUCGUAUCAGGAGCUUGCACUCCUCGGAAUAUGCCUCACACUGUAGUAGGUGGACGAGCCUUUGUGCUCCCAUGCUUCCAACAAGCACAGAGGAUCUCUCUCAACGUCAUGACCCUGAAUGUGGAGUCCCCACGAGUCUACACUGCGCAAGGUGUGCCCCUCUCUGUCACAGGCAUUGCUCAGGUGAAGGUGCAGGGGCAGCAUGAGGAGAUGCUGCUUGCAGCUUGUGAACAGUUCCUUGGCAAGACUGAGCAAGAGAUCCACACCAUCGCCCUGGAAACUCUUGAGGGACAUCAGCGUGCCAUCAUGGGCUCCAUGAGUGUUGAGGAGAUCUACAAGGACCGUAAGAAGUUCAACCACAAUGUUUUUGAGGUUGCCUCCACUGAUCUGGUCACAAUGGGCAUCACUGUGCUCUCUUACACACUCAAGGAUAUUCAUGAUGAUGAGAGGUGCUAUGCUAAGGGCUACCUCGAUGCGCUAGGUAUGGCCCGAACUGCAGAGGUGAAGCGCGAUGCUCGCAUUGGUGAAGCCGAGGCCAAGAAGGAGUCAAGUAUGAAGGAGGCUCUUGCUGAAGAAGAAAGGAUGGCCGCCAAGUACAUCAAUGACACACAAAUGGCCAAGGCUAAGCGAGACUUUGAGCUCAAGAAAGCCACCUAUGACACUGAGGUGCAGACCAAGCGAGCAGAAGCCGAACUUGCUUCUGAGCUGCAAGAGGCUAAAACUCGCCAAAAGAUCAAGGAAGAACAAAUGCAAAUCAAGGUGGUUGAACGUGCCCAAGAAGUUCAGUUGCAGAACCAAGAGAUCUUGCGUCGCGAGAAAGAACUUCAGGGUACCGUCAAGCAGCCUGCUGAGGCUGAGAAGUUCAGGUUGGAGAAAAUUGCCGAGGCAACGCGCAUUCGACUGGUAUUGGAGGCUGAAGCUGAAGCCGAAGCCAUCAGGGUGAAGGGGGAGGCUGAAGCCGCCGCCAUCGAAGCCAAAGCUAAAGCCGAAGCCAGCAUCAUGGCUCAGAAAGCUGAAGCUUGGAAGGAGUUCAAGGAGGCUGCUAUGAUGGAUCUCUACCUCCAAACAUUGCCUAAGAUUGCAGCUGAGGUGGCAGCUCCUCUGAGCCAGGCUAAGAAGAUCACGAUGAUCAGCAGCAGCAAGAGCGAAGUGGGCGCCGCGAAGCUCACUGGAGAAGUGAUGGACAUCGUUAGCCGCGUGCCUGAGAUGGUCCAUAAGAUGACCGGCAUUGACGUGGCGAAGCCUGUGCGGACUGUGUAGGUUGGAGGACUCGGAUGAGGGUCCCUGCCACGCCUGCUCGCCCUCUGUAUUGAGUCUGCAGUAACUCGACUUAUGUCUUGUGACCUUGCCAAUGCUAUCCUACUUUUGCGAGUAAUUCUUCUGUUAAUGUGCACAACGGAAAGUCAUCUUUUUUUGUAUUCCAUACACAACUGCAAGUUUAUUUAGCACAUCUUCCACUUUUAUCCUUUCUCCAACUUUGUUGUGAACGCAACCCGAAUUAGCCGGAUAAGCUUGCAAUAUUUCGCGCACCGAAAUAUAUUUUAUAUAUACAGAUAUGAUACUAACUGUGUCUGUAUGCAUACUAGUUGUAUGACAUGUCACAAAUUUUUAUGAGUAUUCUUGAAUAUAUCGUAAUUACUCUUACCAGCUUUUAUGUGGUGUGCUAUGGUUUGGCGUUUUGUCAACUCAGCAGACGGCAGUUGUUGAUUGAUGGAAAAGUCAUCUUGCAUUUGAGUUCUGCGACUGCAUAUGCAUGCAUUUUCUACUGCAUGGAAAUAUUAUCGUUUAUUAUGCCUGAAAAUUACUCAUGGUCGUCAUUAUAAGGAAAUUUGAGUUCUCUCUUAUUUGAUAUUCUUAACUGAAGAGACACAGAGCGGGGAAACACUUAGAAUUCAUGCUGGUGAAGUUCACUAUAAUCUGAUAGCAAAUUUUGAACAAAUGUUUACUUCACGAUGAAAUAUGGAAUCAUACUUUUUUAAACCGGCAAACUUGGCAUGUAUACAAACCUAUAACAGUAAAAUUUAGACACUCAUUGUUUUAAUUUUGAUUGAUGUGUAACAAAUGGGAUACUUACAUCAUAUUGCUUCGUUCAUUCUGUGGCAUUUGUUCCAAAGACUUUCAGGGGCAUUGUUUUUAUCCUUCGUUGUUUGUUGUUGUCAAACAGCAAAUGAAUGAAGCACUGAAUUACUGUGAAGGAAGGCCUUCAGAUUCUCACACUUUCUAUCGUGGAUUCAUCUCGAUACCGUUUUUAUCUAUUGUAUUAUUCAUCCUCAUCUUGGGAUGAAAUAGUAGUUCAGUAUUUCUUGCAUUUGUUAUUUCCUUUAAGUUUGAGCGAAAUUCUUAGUAUGGAUAAUCGUUACUUGCUUCACUGUGUUUAACUUACAGUAUUUGGUUGUCCAAGACCGCACUUGAAUGUGUAGGUAACAUCACAGAAACUUCCUAACUACCUGUUACCUUUUAAUCCAAGAUUAACCGGGAACGUCUAAUUCAAGAUUGAUCGUGAACUUCUAAACCAAAAUAAUUCAUUUACCCAUAACUGUCCAAUUUUAGUACGCAUUAGUUUUGUAACCAAUUUCGUUCAGUAAGCUAGUAUGAUGGGAAGAUAACCGUCUGGAACUCUUGUCUUAGUCGUUAGGCUUCAUCUGACUAACCUGAAUGGUACCUUAUAGCAUUAAUGUUCCUUCCUCUCUUCUUGGAUUUGCUGCAUGCGUGAUUAAAAUAUAUGGAGUACUCGCGCUGUAGUGUUGUGGCCUUAGCUUAGCGUCGCUGCAUUCAAACGUUCCAAUAACUCCGACAGCUUUGAGUUGGCCUUGAGUAGGUAACUUUUGUAAACUUAACAUAUAAUUUACCUAUCUCCGCAACCCACUAUCGAUAUGGAAAAGACUAGUGUUUUUUUACAUCUUUUCUAUCUUCACUUGUCACUUUUGACUUGAGUUUUGCUGCGUCCUGAGGCUCACUCCAGUCCAUUUUACACAGAUAUUUACCAUAAUAUUUUUUAACCGUAGAGUAGUCAAUAGAAGGAUCGAUGUAUGGAUUUGUCUGAAUUAUGUAGCUUUAUAUAACUUCAUAACUGUGCCACUAGAGAGACAAUUGUUCACCAUCAAACGUGAAAGGUAUCACCAUCUCGCUCUGCAUUAACUCUGAAAUUGUUUCAUUCCUGUCAACGAUUGCUUCAGAUUAAUGGACUCUGAUAAAUUCGUAUCUGCAAUUUAUAUUUUAAUAAUCUAGUUUCAAUACUUUUUGACGCCACUAAAUUACUUCUCGUCUUCUUGCCUAUAAGGCUUGUUUAAAAACUAUUAUUGUUACAUGAACUGAAUUAAUGACACGAAAAUCAGAGAACAGUAAGCAGGAGCUAAGUGAAACUGGUACACGUUGCUGAUACUAUAACUUGCAUGCACUGCCAGUCUAACAUUAAGCAAAAUGUUAAAUUAUACAGAUUAUCAAAUAAAGAGUAACCUUUAA